AAGAGGGCCGUCAGCAGCAGCCUUCUCUCCACACACCCUCAUUUGCUGGCAGGAAAUGUUUUGACUUGCUUGCCUAGAAUUACAGCUGUAAAGAAUGCUGGGCUUCCAGAUUUAACUUUCUGGGCGUGGGAGAAGGUCCCAUCUUGUGCCUGGGCUGGGCCGAAGAAGAGCCUGCUCCCUCUGGGGUCCGACCGGCCGAGGUGGUGUUUUAAUGCACAAAAAUGGCCAGCGUUACACAGAUAUCCAAAGAUGAGUUGGAGGAACUCAGGGAGGCGUUUGCCAAAGUUGAUCUCAACAGCAAUGGAUUUAUCUGCGAUUAUGAGCUGCACGAACUCUUCAAGGAAGCCAAUCUUCCCCUCCCGGGGUACAAAGUCAGAGAGAUCAUUCAGAAACUCAUGAUUGAUGGGGACAAGAACAAAGACGGAAAGAUCAGCUUUGAAGAGUUCAUUUAUAUCUUCCAAGAAGUGAAAAGCAGCGACAUUGCCAAGACCUUCAGAAAAGCCAUCAAUCGGAAGGAAGGCAUCUGUGCCAUUGGGGGCACUUCGGAGCUCUCCAGCGAAGGGACCCAACAUUCGUACUCAGAGGAAGAGAAAUACGCCUUUGUGAACUGGAUCAACAAAGCUUUGGAGAAUGACCUGGACUGCAAGCACGUCGUUCCUAUGAAUCCAAACACGGACGACCUCUUCAAAGCCGUCGGGGACGGGAUUGUGCUGUGUAAAAUGAUCAACCUCUCUGUUCCUGACACAAUUGAUGAACGAGCCAUCAACAAGAAGAAACUUACCCCAUUCAUAAUUCAGGAAAAUCUGAAUUUGGCUCUGAAUUCUGCUUCCGCCAUUGGGUGCCACGUGGUCAAUAUUGGCGCAGAAGAUUUAAGGGAAGGAAAGCCCCAUCUGGUCCUUGGCCUGCUCUGGCAGAUCAUCAAGAUUGGCUUGUUUGCAGACAUAGAGCUCAGCAAAAAUGAAGCUUUGGCUGCCUUGUUGCGCGAUGGAGAGACCUUGGAGGACCUGAUGAAGUUGUCCCCAGAAGAGCUUCUCCUGCGGUGGGCCAACUUCCACCUGGAGAACGCUGGGUGGCACAAGAUCAACAACUUCAGCUCCGAGAUAAAGGACUCCAGAGCGUACUACCACCUCCUCAACCAAAUUGCCCCCAAAGGACAGAAGGAAGGAGAGCCACAAAUCGAUAUCAGUAUGUCAGGCUUCAACGAGAAAGACGACCUCAAGAGGGCCGAGUGCAUGCUCCAGCAGGCAGAUAGGCUGGGCUGUCGGCAGUUUGUUACCCCGGCAGAUGUUGUGAGCGGCAACCCCAAGCUGAAUUUGGCAUUUGUGGCCAACUUGUUCAACAAGUACCCAGCCCUCACCAAACCUGAAAACCAAGACAUUGACUGGACACUGCUGGAAGGUGAAACCCGUGAAGAACGGACAUUCCGGAACUGGAUGAAUUCCCUUGGCGUAAACCCUCACGUGAAUCAUCUCUAUGCUGACCUGCAGGAUGCCCUGGUGAUUUUGCAGCUCUAUGAAAAGAUCAAAGUUCCUGUUGACUGGAACAAAGUCAACAGACCUCCAUACCCUAAACUUGGAGCAAACAUGAAGAAGCUGGAAAACUGUAACUAUGCUGUCGAUCUAGGAAAGCAUCCAGCCAAGUUCUCCUUGGUUGGCAUUGGCGGGCAGGAUCUCAAUGACGGGAACCCAACCCUCACACUGGCUGUAAUUUGGCAGCUGAUGAGAAGAUACACUCUGAAUGUUAUGCAGGAUCUCGGAGAUGGUCAGAAAGCAAAUGAUGACAUCAUUGUAAAUUGGGUGAACACGACCUUGAAACAAGCUGGGAAAUCAAGUUCCAUCCAGAGCUUUAAGGACAAAAGUAUCAGCAGCAGCUUGGCGGUGGUGGAUUUAAUUGACGCGAUCCAGCCCGGCUGCAUAAAUUACGACCUCGUGAAGACAGGCGAUCUCUCAGAGGAAGACAAGCACAGCAAUGCCAAGUACGCUGUCUCGAUGGCGAGGAGAAUCGGAGCCCGCGUCUACGCCCUCCCCGAGGACGUGGUGGAGGUGAAGCCCAAGAUGGUGAUGACCGUGUUUGCCUGCCUGAUGGGACGAGGGAUGAAGCGCGUCUAAAGAGCAAGGGACCCCGCCUCCCCCCGCCCCCACGCCGCGGCCCCGACUGAAGCGCGCUCGCCAGCUUCCAGGGGGGUGGGCCGCCCCCUUUGGUUUCAGGACCCUCCGUUUUGCUUGGCAAGGCAGAAAGCGAGGAGGGGUCUCGGAGGGGGGUGGGAACCAGCCCAGCCGCCCUGCGUCUUCCCCGGUUGCAUCUCCUCAAGUGCCCACGGAAACAAUCUGUGCCCGUCCCGGCUGCCGGCACGCCCACCAAAGCUUCCUUUCGCCAUCCGAGGGCUAGUUUUCUGGAGAGGUGCCAGCAAUGGAAUUGGUCUCCACGGUCACUUCUGACUCUUCUGUCCAGAAAGAAAGAAGGAAGGAAAGGCCUUAAAAAAAAGUUUCUAGUGGUUCAGGGGUCUGAGAUGGGCUUGAGUUUUUUUUAUUUUAAUUUAACGUGCUGUUAGGUCAUGGGUGCAAAUGCAGUAACCAGAGUUGUGUUUUUAAGCCACGCCUUAAAAGGAAACGAAAACAAAAGCCAGUUAAUAUCAAUCAUACAAAUUAGGCAAGAUUGCGUAAUCACUCUUGUUUUAUAUCAUUUAUCCUGCCAUUUUAAGCUAACUUGCACGCCCCCUUCUGCACGAUUUAGCCGUGGAGAGGGAGCUGUGCCACCGAAAGUCUUAGGCGACAUCCCUCCGGCUUCUGAGGUCCCAGCUCUUUCUCGCUCUCGGCCGAUCUCCCCCUCCCUAAGGACUAGAAACUUGGUUUGGCUUUGUUCUGAUUUCAGAGUGGGCUUCCCACCUUGGGCAGCUGCAUUCUGGGCCCAGCGACCCCCCGGGCGCUCCUGUGGACUGAUGGCGUAGGACUGAUCUGGCACCUGGUUCAAGGGGGCAAACCUCGAUCGGCUGGCGAAAGGGUACUCGCCAAGCUCCGUCUUCCUGCAGUAUUCUUGAAGUAACGGUGCUGCUUUUAUUUGCCUCUCCAGCACAACAACGUCGUUGCUUCCCUUUUCUGACCCAAGCGCAGUAGGCUUCCUUUGGGCGAGUUUUUCAUUCCCAUGUUUUUCGUUUUUGCGCGAGGUGCCACCUUCAAGGUUACUGCCUUGCCCCAGCUUCGUUGGACCCAGAGAACCCAGCCGAUGCAGUUCUAUGUGCUGUCUUGGUUUUGUUUUGUAUUUUGCCUGGACGUUUUUUUUUUUCCAAAAUCUGUGUGAAAGCCAUUUUUAAAAACAGAUAUUUAAGUUGACCCAGAUGUUUGUUAAAAAGUGUGAGAGAAGGGUGCCAGGGAUGAGACCGGGCCUGUUCUCCAAAAGGCAGGGACCAGUAAUUGAAGAGCAGAAUGUGCCGAGAUUAAAGAAACUAUUUUUUAUAAAUAAAAGGAAAGCGUUAUCACCAAAGAAAAGUCUUUUGUCCAUAGGAGCAAGUAUAUCCUGGCUUUAGCAAGCUGUUAGCUACCCUUGAGAUCAUCUUGUUACAUAUUCACAGCAAUGGAUUAUGGUGGCAAAGCAGUUGAUGAUGAAAUAAAAUGGUUUAUAAACCUGC